CCUCCUCCAGCUGUACACUAAACUGUUGUCUCACUUUGUUGUCUCUGUGUCUGACGAGGUGCGAAUCCCAAAGGACUCUCCUCCUCCUCCUCCUCCUCCUCCUCCUUCACCUCCUCCUCUACAUCGUCGUGGUGCCGCAGCAGCCACCGCGGUGUGUGCGUCCUGCAGCAGCUGCAACAACAACAGCAACAGCAGCAGAAACGGCACCUGUCGUUUUUCUGGACGAGCCGAUAACCAUUUUAGGAGUAAAUCAAGGUAUUCUCCAAAUGAAUUAUCGGGGGGAUCCGUGAAUACCGAUGGCUUCAUGUGUUGAUAUUUGCGCUUCUGAAAAUUACGCAUCGAGCCCUUGAUGCUGAAGUGUGGUGACGCUGAGAAGAAAAACUCCAGUGAACACACACACCCAGAUACACACACACACACAGAUACACACACACACACGCACACGCGCACACACACGCACACGCACACGCACACACACACACGCACACACACACACAAAGACACAUAUAUUGCCUUUUGGAUACAGGCCCUUCACAGGAGACAAUGAGAGGCUACCUGCUGACUGCAAUAUUUCUGCUGCCUUUGGUGGCCUCCGAGUCCGAGCACUGUAUUAUUAAGCGUGAACAUGAGAAAUGCAUGGAGAGGAUCAUGCUGCACAACCCCAGCGACGACCUUGACUUAGUGUGUCCGUGGAUGUGGGACAACCUGACCUGCUGGGAGGCGGUCAAUGUUGGCGAAGUUGUGGUGGUCAACUGUCCUGAGCUCUUCCAUGACUUCAUGGACCCAGAGGAUGAAAUGGGCAGGAUCAGUCGUAACUGCACGGAGGAGGGCUGGUCUGAACCUUUCCCUCACUACGUGGAUGUCUGCUUCUUCUUUGACAACAACACUAAACCUGACACAUACUUUGCCUCAGUCAAGGCCCUGUACACAGUUGGCUACAGCACAUCUCUGGUGUCCCUGACGACAGCCAUGGUCAUUCUCUGCAGAUUCAGGAAGCUCCACUGCACCAGGAACUUCAUCCACAUGAACCUGUUUGUGUCCUUCAUCCUGAGAGCCAUCUCCGUCUUCAUCAAGGAUGGUGUGCUGUACGCUCAGGAAGACAGCGACCACUGCUUCGUACACACCGUGGCGUGUAAAGCAGUGAUGAUUUUCUUCCAUUACUGUGUCAUGUCCAACUAUUUCUGGCUGUUCAUUGAAGGUCUGUAUCUCUUCACUCUGCUGGUGGAGACCUUCUUUCCUGAGAGACGUUACUUCUACUGGUACACCAUCGUAGGGUGGGGAACUCCCACCAUCUGCGUCACUGUCUGGGCAGUUCUGAGGCUCCACUUUCAUGACACUGGAUGCUGGGAUACAAAUGAGAACACCGCCCUCUGGUGGGUGAUCAAAGGACCAGUUGUGGCCUCCAUUAUGAUCAACUUUGUUCUUUUCGUUGGAAUAAUCAUCAUCCUGGUGCAGAAGUUGCAGUCCCCUGACAUCGGAGGGAACGAAUCAAGCAUUUACCUGCGUCUGGCGCGCUCCACCCUGCUGCUCAUCCCUCUCUUUGGUAUUCACUACACUGUGUUCGCCUUCUCACCUGAAGAUGUCAGCAAGAGGGAGAGGCUGGUCUUUGAACUGGGACUGGGAUCCUUCCAGGGCUUUGUUGUAGCUGUCCUUUACUGUUUCCUCAAUGGAGAGUUUCUCCCUGAAGGUGCAGUCGGAGAUCAAGAGGAAAUGGCGCAGCUGGACGGUGAACCGGUACUUUGCUGUGGACCUGAAGCAGCAAAGGCACCCUUCGUUGGCCAGCAGCGGAGUGAACGGCGGGACUCAGCUGUCGAUCCUCAGCAAGAGCAGCUCCCAGAUACGAAUGUCCAGCCCGCUGGCGGAGAAUGCCAACAUCAGCCUCCCAACCUGAGCGUCUAAUUGGCAAGAGUCGACUUCAAGGUGCCGUUCCACUUACAUACAUCCAGAAUGACCAGAGCAAACCAAAGUGGCCCCUCAUACCUCAUUACAUUUUGUAGUUUGGCCUUUUGAAAAUGAGGUAUUUCUGAAAGCAUUUACUGGACAUUCAUUAGAGGUAAAUAGCCAACUUUCAUAUUUAAUUGUUUUAUUUGACUAUACGAUACAAUUCAAUUAAUUUGAGUAUUUUAGUUGACUCUGUAGAUUGUGAACUUUUCUGAUUAAUGACAGAUUUUUUUAACAGACAAAUUCUAUUCAAUAGAUUAAAACAGAGAGAUAUUAGAAAUCCCCUUUCUACCAAUGUUUUUAGCUUAAAUGUUGCCACUAUUAUUGUUUCAUGUAUUAUUAAUAUCAAUGUAGAGUUGGUGCCAAAAUACAGUACUUGUUGUAAACAAGCUAACAGUAGUUAAACAUCAAAUAUAGGGGUCAUAUUUGGCUGUUGGUGUGUCAAGUAAAUGUGCUUCAAAGUGCCAUACAGGUCGCCUGACUGGAUCUUAUCAGUCCAAAGUGAAGUAACAACCAAACGUUCGCCGUGCUUGUAGAAAUGCUCAUUGUUUAAAUGUUUCAUAUUCAAUUUAAACAUGUUUUUACAAUCAGCCGUAAAUACAGAGUAUGUCAAAAGAUAUAUUGAGAAAAAAAACUCAUGGACUUUUUAAAUGGUUACUUUUGUUGUCAAAUCAGAAUGUCUUUCUUUUGCAUAACGCAGUAUUGUAAUGACCUUUUGAAACGAAAGGAACUGGAGCCCAAAUCUGUAGACUUCACCACAUAUCCUGAGGACCCUGAAGAUCCUGCCCACUAUAUUCUAAACUAUUUGUUCUUACGAAGUGCCAAACCGAAUGAGCGCUGUAGAGCAGAGGUUCCCAAUCUGACGGGUUGUGAAAUGUCAGAUACGACAUUGUAGGGAAGAAGAUAAUUGUUCUGCUCUGUUAAAUUAUCUUAAUAUUUUGAAUAUUUGCUUUUUUAUUUUUCUUAACACCAGAUAGAUUUACGUCUUUAGACUUAGAGGUAUUCAUAUUAACCUAUAUGAGAAGGUUAAAUGUGCUCGAAGAAAUGUGUAACUUUGAAUAAGGGGUCAAUUGAAGAUUUUUUUAAAGGCAAAAAGGUUGGGAACCACUAGACGUUAUCACAGAACAUGAGGGAAGACAACUUUUUUUUUUUAAAUCUCCUUUUUGAAGUGAUUUAUCCUCACAGCUAGUGCCCGUAGUUUCCUCCAGUAAAUGUCCUUUCACCGACUUGUCAUUAACAUUCUUGCAGACUGAACCUAAAUGUGCCAUCCAUCCAUCCAUUUUCAAUACCGCUUAUCCUCAUUAGGGUCGCGGGGUCGCUGGAGCCUAUCCCAGCUGACAUAGGGCGAAGGCAGGGGACACCCUGGACAGGCCGCCAGUCCAUCGAGGGCCUAAAUGUGCCAUUUAGCGGAUAAUUUCAUCCAAAGUUCCUCAUAGUGCCACGACUUCAUAUGUACAACAUGUUAUCAUGUUAUCAUAGACAGCAAGAAUCAAACCCUUAACAUGCUCUUAAAGAUAACAGGACUCUUUGUCUUUGUCUUCUUUUUUCUGAGCGUCAGCCCAUCAUGCCAUAUCAAAUUGCUCUUCAUUAUAAUUUUUCUUUAAUAAAUCACCUCCUACACUCAUAUUCCAAAGUGCCUAGUCAGUCACAAAUAGCUCUCACUUUUAUUUCCAGUACCAUGAACAGACAUCUGAAAUUUGUAGUAAGAGUUUAAUGUCUUGCAAAGAAUGUACAGUGGUGUGUUUUUAUUGUGGAGCAAAGUGAUGCUGUUGUUUUUUUGCAUUGUAUGCUCAGACAAAAAUGUUUUGGCCAUUUAUUGGUGAUAAUCUUUAAGAGAAAAUAGUCCUGCUGUGUGUUUUUUUUCUUAAGAAUUAAGUAUUAGCUCUACAUAACUUAUGCUUUAUUUUACCUCUGGGUUACAACUAUCAUCUAUUCACGAUAAGUCUGUUACAAUGCAGCACCAACGUCAAACGGAAACAGCUUCAAUACAACACUUGUUCCAACAGUCAACACAAAAUGCUUUAAUGGAACAGCUCUUGACAAUCGCAGUGUGUUGCCCAUUUCUUUUUUCCUUUCUCUUUCAUUUGUAAGCUAACAAACAAAACCUGUCCAGAUAUGAAAAUUAUUUAACAUGAAAUGUGAAACGAUGUGUACAGGAGGAUUUAUCCACAAUAUUUACUCAAGAUAUUUAUUUUUUUGUACUGUCAUUUGAGUGGAUUAUACGAUUGUAGUAUCUUAAAAAGAUGAAUUGACAAUUGUCGAACAGAAAAGGAUGUAUAUUUAUUUUCCAUAAACCAGUGCCAUGUGAAAUGACUCAAUGUACAGUAUACAUGCUUCCUUGUGUGUAAUUUAGUUGUAUGCCUGAUGUAUUAUUUCAUUAUUGAUAUUGACUCUCUUGGUGCCAUAACUGGUGAGAUAUCUCGUUUCUAAUUUGAAAGAAAACAAAAAACACUCACAGGAAAUUGCUGUCCGAAGCUGCAGAGGAUAUUGUGAGAGAGCAAAGAUAUAAACUCUAAAAAGCAAGACAAAACAUAAACACUACUGAAGAAGAGAUGCAUCGGAUGUAUGCAUCUGCUUGGCUGCUUUUUGACAAAAAGUGUGUGACAAGAUACUAUCAAGGGAACUAGAGCCAGUUUUAUUAGGGAGGUUAGGACAGAUAAAACACAAAGUGUGUAUAAGGGUGUCAUUUUUUGUUAAAAAACACUCUGCUGCUGCUUAAGUGUUCUAUCACCAGCCGUCACUCUGAGUCUGAAUCAGCUCAGAUGGAAACGACCAUGUCUCAAAGCUGUUACUGUCUCUGAAAAGGGGAGCACAAAACUCCUUUUGACCAUGUCUGUGCUGUACACUUGUUUACCACAAGGUGGCAGCAAAUCAUUUUAGUUGGGGGACGUUUGACUGGCAAUGAUUUGCUUUUUGAGCCAUGUACUGUGAAAUGUGGAUGAAAUAGGUAGUGUUGGGCACUGAGGCACUUAAAUUCCACAUGCUUCACAUAUGAGGAAAUAUUGAGAAGUGGGUGCAUCUUUUAGUGACCGUUUCUCUCUCCACAAACACCUCUUCUUACAGUUUAGUAUUACGGAAGCACACUCAUCUUUAUGUGUGAAAGAAAAGCUCUCGACAAGUUUUCUGAAAGCAAUAGUUUUUACAUUUUCGGAAAUAUGUUCAUUUGCUUUCUAGCUGAGGGUUUGGUUAGAGGAUCGAUACAACAAUUACAGUUGCAGUUUCAAACAUGGCUGACAUUGUAAACUCAACCAAAUAAAAUAGUUUUGUUUAGGCAACACAGUUUGGUUAGGUUUACUAAAAACAUAAUGAUUAGGCAACUGUGGAGAUAUCAAUGUCUAAAGUCAAGAAAAUAGAAGUUGGUUUCAAAACUAUCAACAGCUUAUGGGUGAUUUCAACUCCUUCACUCUGGAAAACAUACAUUGAAUAUUUGACUAAAGGGGAAAAAGGUCUUCUUUGUUGUAAUAAGGUGAUAUUGAGCUGGGAAACAUUGGCUACCCCCCAGAUCAUAGCUGGAGGUUAUUAGCUAACCAAUAGCUACCUUAUCUUGACUAGCAAACUAAUAAACAGCUAGCGACUAUUUAGUGUAUUUCCCAAAAUGUCAAGCUAUUCUUUUAAAUGUAACUCUUUUCAGUGUGGCAUAUCUCUGUGUUUAAAUGCCUUUUCUUUGGUGGUCGUGCGUGUUGAGCCAGUUUUAUCAAGUAUGUGAUUUCAAUUGAUUGCCAAUGAAUUUUUGAAUGUACCGAUGUUACUCAGCUGCUCUUAAAUGUUGCCUGCUAUCAAUUUGCCAUGGUGUACAAAUGAUGUCUUUUCUUGAUCAUAUACAAUGCACUGUAUAUGUAUAUUUUCGGCACACAGGUGGACCUCUUGAUGAAAACCUGUAAUGUUUGUGACCGUGUUUUUGUAACUGUUUUCAGAGUGUGUGGGUGUGGGAGUGUGUGUGGAAGUUGGCGCAAGUGUAUUCUGUACACGUGUAUGUAAUCACAAGCAUUAUUAAUGAGGAUAUAUGUAACUUAAAUGUCAAAAGAAUAUCUACGAAGCCUCAUCCAUAUUAUGUUCUACUUGUGACAGUAUGUCAUGUGUUACAUGCGUUCUGGUGUCAAACAUUUAUGUCCCAGAUUGUGCAAAAUAAAUCUAUCUGUUGUACA